CACCACCCCCGGCUGCUGUUGAGCAUUUCAGAACUUCUCUUUGUACCAUAAAGUUGUCAUAGAAAAGAAUCUUUGAGAUCAGUGAUCUUUCAAAGAUUGGUAUUUGAUAUUAAUAACUCAAGAAUGCAGUUUCACAGAUUUUCCUUAGGGAGAACACUUCAUAAAAAUUGAGUUAAUAAAAUGAUAAAAUACAAUGGCCAUAAUAGUUUAGACCUCUUGCAGACAUGCCUUCAUUAGUAUUCUUGGGAAAUAGAGAAAGCAUAGCACCUGAGUCCAAAUUAUAUUCUCAAGUCCAAAAUAUUUGCUGACAUAAUAAAAGUUUCUACAUAAAAAUAUAUUCUUAGUAGAGAAUUAAAUUACGUCAUUUGUAAUUCUUACAGCAGGCUAAAGAUAGCCGAUUUGAUGAUCAAAACCAUGGGGAAAACUUCCUUCUAAGAACAGAAUGUGACUUCAGGCAAUAGAGUAGACAGAGGAUGCAUAGAAACCUGAAUGAAUAUUAGUUACUGUUCCCUGAAAGAGUUGAAAUUCCUAAAUUAGGCCUUAUGUUUUCAUCCUUGGUUAAAAAAAAAAAGUGUGUGUGUAUGUAUAUAUAUAUAUAUUUGUGUGUGUGUGUGUAUAAAUGAAUCUGUUGUCAUUUUGCUCUGCUUAACCAUUAGAGAUUUUUAUAUGUAUGCUUCUAUCUGUUGUUAUACACUAAUAGUACAGUCAUUACAUAAUCAUGAUAUUUUAAUUCUUGAUUACAAUCCCUUUCCAACUAUAUAAAAAUAUGUCUAGUGACACAUAUUUUAGAAAGUUUUCUUGGAAAAACAUCCAGAGAUUGUGUUCAUCACUAUCUAUAUAAAUGAGCUUAUACUGAACCUUAAAUAUGUUUAUUCAGCAUAACAAUCAGAAAAAGAAAAUUUUUUUUAACAGUAUAAAGUUCAGGUGAGUCCAUUUGUCUUGGCAUUUUAUUUUGAUUUUAAUUAGAAGAAAGACUGCCAUUAGAAUUGUUUUGUAAUGAAAUCUUUAUAAAUUCUCUGGGCAGUGCCCUCUAUUAGAAAGACUUCUUAUUUUUAACACUUUUAUUUGGAAGAAGUUCUACUCAUUUGCAUUAGUCCAUCGUCUACAUAAUGUGUGUGUGUGUGUGUGUGUGUGUGUGUGUGUUUUACAACGUUGACUUUUGAAACUAGAAUAGAAUCAGGUAAAACAUCUCAGAUCAGUGUGUCAGUAACUGGCCUGAAUCAUCGGGCACCAUGAUGGGGUUGGCCGCCUUCAACGUACUCGGUGUACAUUCUAUUUUUUUUCUACAUAAUGUUCAGUACUGUAGUACUAAUCACCGAGAAAAAUUGCAUUGACUCUUUUCGACCACCAGGGAAAUAUUCAGUUCAUGGUUCUCCCCUAAAAAAACUAAAAAGCUACUAAGCGCUGGGAACAAAUCUGACUUAAUGCAUUUUCUCAGUGGGCCAAAGAAAGGAGGGCCGAUUGUCUGCCUUGACUUUUUAAAACUCUUCUCUUUAUUCACGUAUAAACUGAGGAAAACAAAUUCUCGGCACUGGCGUGAGAGUUAUUUGAGCGUCACAAAAUAAAAUAUUAGUGCCAUUAUUGUGGCGAAUUUCAUGUUUCCCAGCGAGCCUUUUGAUUCCCGGUUUGGGCUGGCGCUCGAGCUCUCCAACCGGGUACGACUUCGGCCACAAGAUGGCACUGACCUGCAAACAAAGAAAACCACAGUGGCACCGACUUUUUCAAGCCUUGGGAAACUGCCCUGCCUUCCCCCUUCCCCGGAGUCAAGGACUGUGGGGAUUAGGGCUUCCUUUCCCCUGCGCGGGGCGUCUGUGUCGAAUAAUGUGUGGCUUCUGUUGGAUUGCUUUUCUUUCCAAAAUUCCUAGGCAACGCUUCCCCGAGGUGUGCACCUUUGCGAGGUGUUUGUGGGGCGGGGGGAGCUUCAGGCGCUACUCGCGGGACGCCGUCACGUGAUCCGGGAUGAGGUGGAGUUCGGCUUUAAGGGGGCGUCUCUUCCUAGCUUCAUCAAUCUUUAGGAUCUGAGCAGGAGAGAUACCAGCGGAUCUUCCCCACUCUGCUCCCUUCUAUUCCCACCCUUCCUUCUUCAAUAAGCAGGAGCGAACAAGACAAAUUCCAAAGAGGAUUGUUCAGUUCAAGGGAAUGAAGAAUUCAGAAUAAUUUUGGUAAAUGGAUUCCAAUAUGGGGAAUAAGAAUAAGCUGAACAGUUGACCUGCUUUGAAGAAACAUACUGUCCAUUUGUCUAAAAUAAUCCAUAACAACCAAACCAAUCAAAAUGAAUUCAACAUUAUUUUCCCAGGUUGAAAACCACUCAGUCCACUCUAAUUUCUCAGAGAAGAAUGCCCAGCUUUUGGCUUUUGAAAAUGAUGAUUGUCAUCUGCCCUUGGCCAUGAUAUUUACCUUAGCUCUUGCUUAUGGAGCUGUGAUCAUUCUUGGUGUCUCUGGAAACCUGGCCUUGAUCAUAAUCAUCCUGAAACAAAAGGAGAUGAGAAAUGUUACCAACAUCCUGAUUGUGAACCUUUCCUUCUCAGACUUGCUUGUCGCCAUCAUGUGUCUCCCCUUUACAUUUGUCUACACAUUAAUGGACCACUGGGUCUUUGGUGAGGCCAUGUGUAAGUUGAAUCCUUUUGUGCAAUGUGUUUCAAUCACUGUGUCCAUUUUCUCUCUGGUUCUCAUUGCUGUGGAACGACAUCAGCUGAUAAUCAACCCUCGAGGGUGGAGACCAAAUAAUAGACAUGCUUAUGUAGGUAUUGCUGUGAUUUGGGUCCUUGCUGUGGCUUCUUCUCUGCCUUUCCUGAUCUACCAAGUAAUGACUGAUGAGCCGUUCCAAAAUGUAACACUUGAUGCGUACAAAGACAAAUACGUGUGCUUUGAUCAAUUUCCAUCGGACUCUCAUAGGUUGUCUUAUACCACUCUCCUCUUGGUGCUGCAGUAUUUUGGUCCACUUUGUUUUAUAUUUAUUUGCUACUUCAAGAUAUAUAUACGCUUAAAAAGGAGAAACAACAUGAUGGACAAGAUGAGAGACAAUAAGUACAGGUCCAGUGAAACCAAAAGAAUCAAUAUCAUGCUGCUCUCCAUUGUGGUAGCAUUUGCAGUCUGCUGGCUACCUCUUACCAUCUUUAACACUGUGUUUGAUUGGAAUCAUCAGAUCAUUGCUACCUGCAACCACAAUCUGUUAUUCCUGCUCUGCCACCUCACAGCAAUGAUAUCCACCUGUGUCAACCCCAUAUUUUAUGGAUUCCUGAACAAAAACUUCCAGAGAGACUUGCAGUUCUUCUUUAACUUUUGUGAUUUCCGGUCUCGGGAUGAUGAUUAUGAAACAAUAGCCAUGUCCACCAUGCACACGGAUGUUUCCAAGACUUCUUUGAAGCAAGCAAGCCCAGUCGCAUUUAAAAAAAUCAACAAUGAUGAUAAUGAAAGAAUCUGAAACUACGUAUAGCCUAUGGUCCCGGAUGACGUCUGUUUAAAAACAAGCACAACCUGCAACAUACUUUGACUACCUGUUCUCCCAAGGAAUGGGGUUGAAAUCAUUUGAAAAUGACUAAGAUUUUCUUGUCUUGCUUUUUACUGCUUUUGUUGUAGUUGUCAUAAUUCCAUUUGGAACAAAAGGUGUGGGCUUUGGGGUCUUCUGGAAAUAGUUUCGACUAGACAUCUUUGAAGUGCUUUUUGUGAAUUUAUGCAUAUAUUAUAAAGACUUUUAUAUUGUACUUAUUGGAAUGAAAUUUCUUUAAAGUAUUACUAUUAACCGACUUCAGAAGUACUUGCCAUCCAAUACUGUCAUUAGAUUGGGUCAUCUUGAUUAGAUUAGAUUAGACUGUCAAUAGAUUGGGCCGUCCUUAUUUUAAGAUAGGCAUCAUUUUAUUGUGUUACAGUAGUAACAGUAUGCAAAAGCAGCAUUCAGGAGCCAAAGGAGGGUAUGAAGUCAGUCAGAAGUGGUUUGAGGUUUCUGGUUUUUGGUGUUUUUUUGUUUUUUUUUUUUUUUUUUCCACCUUAAGGGAGGAUUUAAUUUGCUCCCAAUUGAUUGUCACUUAAAUGAAAAUUUAAAAUUGAAUAAAAAUACAUACUUCUCGGCUGCAAAUAUUACAGGGAAUUGGGGUACCCACAAGAAUGAAGAGAGAAAGCAGCUCCCUAACUUCAAAACUAUUUUGGUACCUGACAACAAGAGCAUUUCAGAGUAAUUAAUAAAGUAAAUUCAUAUUGCUGCAAAUAGUUAAAUUAUAUUCAUUUGAAUUGAUGGUCAAGAGAUUUUCCUUUUUUUUUUUAACAGACUGUUCAGUGUUUGUCAAGCUUUCUGGCAUAAAUAUGUACUCAAAAGGCAUUUCCACUUACAAUAUAUAGAAACACAAAAGGUGUUUUCCUUACAGCAGUGCCUAUAUAGUGACUGAUUUUUAACUUUGAAUAUCCAUCUUUCAAAGGAGAUAACACCAAGUACAAUGUUAAAAGAAUAUUCACUUCACCUUGCAGGGCAAAAAUACACAAAAACUGAGAAUACUUCAUAUAGCCCAUUUUAACAUGUAUAAACUGUGUGACUUGUGGCGUCUUAUAAAUAAUGCACUGUAAAGAUUACUGAAUAGUUGUGUUAUAUUAAUGUGCCUAAUUUCAUGUAUCUUGUAAUCAUGAUUGAGCCUCAGAAUCAUUUGGAGAAACUAUAUUUUAAAGAACAAGACAUACUUCAAUGUAUUAUACAGAUAAAGUAUUAAAUGUGUUUGAUUUUAAAAGGGCGGACAUUUUAUUAAAAUCAAUAUUGUUUUUGCUUUUUCU